UACUCGCGUGACAGUCAAAGCAGGUUAGGUCCUUUGCUCGGUUUGCGCGGGUAUUUUAAAUAAAAAGUAGUAGAGAUGAAUUGUUCGAGUGAGGUGAAUUGAGGAUACUUCAUUGAAUGAAGUACAGAGCGGUGGUAGCAGCGGCUCGAUAAUUGUCUCGAGUCAAUAAGUGAAGAUUGAUCUCCGAAUUGAGGGAGUGGAGGAGAGAAGAGCCACAGCCAUGUGGAAAGACAGCGGCCCCACUAUGGAUAAUUCGACAUACGUGCCGAAUCACCUACAACCACCGUCCCUGGUAGUAUUUUCACAGGCCGGGGGUCUCCCCGACGCCUUGAGAAUGCAGCGACCCUUCAAUCCACAAGUGACGGAUUCGAAAGAUCUUCACGUACCAUUCAGCACAGCGGCGUCGCUUGGCUACGGCCUCCAUCACAUGCUGCAUCUGCCGCAUCAAUUUCUCCAUCCCCUAGACCCACGUUUGCCAUUCGGUGCAUUCAGACCACUGGGUCCAUCGGCAUUUGCACCACCGAGCAAGUGUUUAAAAGUCGAAACUGGAAACGCAAGUGUGUCAUCGGGACUCGCUAGUAUUAGUUCAUUGUCGGGAAUGUCGAAUAUGUUUUCGCCGUCACUACCGUCGUCGGGUGGUGUGGCUGGUGGUCUGUCUGCUCCUGGUCAAGAUACCGCACCACAGAGCCCAGCGGGUUCAGCGAGUCGUUCGCCCCUUGGCAAUGCACCCGGUUCAACUACCGCAUCUAACCGAGGACCAAGUCCUGACGAGGAGGAUCGCGAUGCCAAUGCAACGCCCGGAUCCGAAAACACAGAGCGGUCAACGCCCGAGGAAGGACGACCCUACAGACUGGGGCCUAUGUUCGGGGGGCGAUGCGGCGCAGAGGCGCUGGGUCUGGGCCUCGGGCUGUCGCUGGGCCCGGCCUACAGGUUCGCUCUGCCCCCGGGACUUGCUGCCAAGACCACCCGCUGCCUUGUUUUCGACCAAGGUAAGAAAAAGUUUCCAGCUGAUCCAUCCUGCUGUCCUGUGUGCAGUGUUACGGUGAGACCGCAGGAAUUGGAGCAGCACUUUGCUCAGGAACUUGAUCGAUUGUAUAAAGUAUCGGUGAAUAAUUCGAGACCGAGACCGAGAUCGAUACUUCCAGUCGUUCAGGAUCAUCCGCAUGGACAAAUGCUGCAUACACCGUCAACGGCUGAUGGCACGCCGCAGGGGAGGUGGGAGACUUAUAAGAGAAUUCGAGCAAAUCGUCAAGCGAGAAUUCGGGUGAAAAACCGGAAGCGAAAAGCAGACGAGCCCGCGUGUCCCGUCUGUAACGAGCGUCUCUCCGGUACCCCAGAAGAGCUAACGCAGCACGUCGAGAGGUGUUUGAACAAGCACAACGGUGGUAAUGGGUCCAACGUCACCCUGGACGACGAAGAGGUGGACGUCGAGGGUGACACAGAGACCUUCGAGGAGUACGAGUGGGCUGGGCAAAAGAGAAUUCGUGCAACAUCGAUGCUGGUGGGAGGAUUCUCCGCUGCAGGACUCGCGACCUCGUCGAGGAGUGGCAAUGGUGCGGGCAAUCCUGGGCGUCCAGAGGAGGAGGAGGAUCUGAUUGUCGAUGGCGAUGAGACAGCGCAAUUUGGUCCAGCUCAGUAUUCAGAAGCGGAUGUGAUAGCGCCGAGGGGUGAGGGGACACCCAGGGAACAGAAGGAGAGGGAUGCACUCAGGGAAGCUGUCAUAUCACCCAAUGCACCACUGACCCCGCAUACACCACCUGAUCAACCCCAUGGUGCCCAGGUCGAGGUCAAACCGGAACCUGGCACUAUUAUCGGACUCAAUAAUCCAUCCUCACCCUCGACCACACCAUCGAGGCAAAGGUGUGAAGGAGAGGAGGGAGUUACCACGACACCUGGACAGGAUGGCAGUGAUACACCGGUUGUUGAUGCAUUGAGGAGUAGAAUUCGAGAACUUGAGAAUGAGAUGAGGGGACAACCGUUCAAGUGUCUGAUCUGUAUGGAGCAGUACAAAAAACCAGUGACGUCGGUGUGCUGUUGGCACGUGCACUGCGAGCAGUGUUGGUUACAUACACUGGGAGCAAAAAAACUCUGCCCCCAGUGUAACAUGAUCACAUCACCAGCGGACCUGAGGCGAAUUUACAUGUGAGCUUCAACCUGGUCGACUGAGCCCAUCGACUUAUCGCUCACAAAGUCACAACAGACUACCCUUGUACAUUUGUAUAUUUCUUAAAUUAACGAAUUUCACUCCCCCCGUUGCGUAAACCUAGUACUUAGUAAAUUAACAAUUUUUAGAACAUAACGAGCGAACAAAUUGAAUUAUAAAAUGUAAUAAUAGUUGUACUGUCAUCAUUGCCAAUUGUCCUGUCAAACCAAAUUGUCACCCGAUAAGGUAUAACAACUAUUCACGUCGACGUAAAGACCCCAAAUGCACUUUGAUAUAAAAUGACACGAGUUUAUUGUCAAUAUGAAGAAAAAAAUAUCGUGAUAGAUGGAGAAAUUGAGGGCCUGAGGUACUUAGAUAGACGAAAAUUACCAUCAUCCAGCUGGCAACGCGGUGCAAAUCCGUCCGAAGAUGAGGCAUGUGAGAAAUCAAAUUUCUGCUGAACUGAAGAGGUGCGAAAGUGAUGAAUGUCUUAUAAACGAAAUCAACAACUUCGAAAAUUUGUAAAUACCCGCGCAGGUGCGCGCUAAAGCGAAACGAAAGAGAAAUUGAGGGAGAAAAACGAACGGAAAACAAAUAUCCUGAAGAUGUUCUGUACUCGAAAAUAAAGAGA